AAGGGUCGACCCUCUGGAGGAGGAAGCAUUCCUGGCGCGCGAGCCUCUGAGGCGCUCUGGGCCGAGCCGGAGGCUGGUUGGUGCUCUGACCUCGAUUGCGGCGGCAGGUCCCUCCACGUGCUUUCGGCGGCGCCAUGGAGCUGGAAGAGUUGGGGAUUGGAGAGGAAUGUGGGGUGUUCGGGUGCAUCGCUUCUGGAGAGUGGCCCACGCAGCUGGACGUGCCACAUGUGAUCGCUCUGGGACUCGUGGGGCUGCAGCACCGGGGUCAGGAGAGUGCAGGAAUUGUGACCAGUGAUGGGAAUUCAGUGCCAACAUUCAAAGUACAUAAGGGAAUGGGUCUUGUAAAUCAUGUUUUUACUGAAGACAACUUAAAGAAAUUAUAUGUUUCAAAUCUUGGAAUUGGACAUACGAGAUACGCCACUACAGGAAAGUGUGAAUUAGAAAAUUGUCAGCCCUUUGUUGUUGAAACACUUCAUGGGAAAAUAGCUGUGGCACAUAAUGGUGAAUUGGUAAAUGCUGCUCGAUUAAGGAAAAAGCUUCUGCGUCAUGGCAUUGGUCUGUCAACAAGCUCUGACAGUGAAAUGAUUACCCAGUUACUGGCAUAUACCCCACCUCAGGAACGAGAUGACACCCCAGACUGGGUAGCAAGGAUUAAAAAUUUAAUGAAGGAAGCACCCACAGCAUACUCCCUGAUUAUAAUGCACAGAGAUGUUAUUUAUGCAGUACGGGAUCCUUACGGAAAUCGUCCUCUAUGCAUUGGUCGUCUUAUUCCUGUUUCUGAUAUAAAUGAUAAAGGAAAGAAAACAUCAGAAACUGAAGGAUGGGUGGUGUCCUCAGAAUCAUGUAGCUUUUUAUCUAUUGGUGCGAGAUAUUGCCGGGAAGUCUUGCCUGGGGAAAUUGUGGAAAUAUCCAGACAUAAUGUCCGAACUCUUGACAUUAUUUCAAGGUCUGAAGGAAACCCAGUAGCUUUUUGUAUAUUUGAAUAUGUUUAUUUUGCAAGACCAGAUAGCAUCUUUGAAGAGCAAAUGGUUUAUACAGUCAGAUACCGUUGUGGUCAGCAGCUGGCAAUUGAAGCUCCUGUGGAUGCAGACAUGGUUAGCACUGUUCCAGAAUCUGCUACACCCGCUGCUCUUGGUUACGCAGCAAAGUGUGGACUUCCAUAUGUGGAGGUGUUGUGUAAAAACCGCUACGUAGGAAGAACCUUCAUUCAGCCAAACAUGAGGUUAAGACAACUUGGUGUGGCAAAAAAGUUUGGAGUAUUAUCAGACAAUUUUAAAGGCAAAAGAAUUGUUCUUAUAGAUGACUCAAUUGUAAGAGGCAAUACCAUCUCACCCAUAAUAAAAUUACUUAAAGAAUCUGGUGCAAAGGAGGUACACAUUCGAGUAGCUUCACCACCAAUUAGAUAUCCAUGCUUUAUGGGAAUAAACAUUCCCACAAAAGAAGAGCUGAUUGCCAACAAGCCAGAAUUUGAUCAUCUUGCAGAAUACCUAGGAGCAAACAGUGUUGUGUAUCUGUCAGUAGAAGGACUGGUUUCAUCUGUACAAGAAAAGAUAAAAUUUAAGCAAGAGAAAGUAAAAAAGCAUGACAUUAGGAUUCAAGAAAAUGGAAAUGGUCUGGAAUAUUUUGAAAAGUCUGGUCAUUGUACCGCUUGUCUCACUGGCAAAUACCCUGUAGAACUGGAAUGGUAGCUAAGAGAAAGAUAACGUUACUUCCAGACAGAAUGCUGGUCAAAAAGUGGUUAUACAUUAUUUACUUAAUGAGUACAAAAUAAAAUGCCAUAUGCUUAAGUUUGCCUUUAGAAGUUUUGAAGUUUUUUUCUGAAAAGGGUACCAAAGUCUUCUAAUUGACCUUCUAAUUGCAUAUGAUUCCAUAUGCAGGACUUCUUUUAUAUAUAUAUGUAUGUAUAUGUAUAUAUACAUGCAUGUAUAUAUGCAUGUAUAUGUAUAUAUGUGUGUGUGUUUACAUACAUAUAUAUGUCUGUGUAUAUGUAUAAGCACUGGCUAAUCUUUAUCACCUGGUCAGAGAAGGCAGGUAGUUAAAUGGUAUUUGUCAAGUCCAUGCUUAAGAGUUUUGCAAGAGGUUAAACUAGCAGUUGUGACAUGGUCAGUUUAGUUAACUAUAUCAAUUCAUGUGAAGUUUGAAUUCAUUAUAGGUGUUCAGUUCUGUCUAUAGUCAAAGCUGGUUUCUCUAUCUGCCUUAUUCCCCCCACCAUUAUUUUAGGGAAUUAGCAUACGAUGGAAAGUUGGGAGGCUGACGCAGGAAAAUCUUGAGUUCAAAGACAGUCUUUAAGACCCUGUCAAAAAGAAAAGUCUGUGCCUCAAUAUCCCAUCUAUACAAUGAGAUACUUAUUGUAGUGAAUAAGAAUGCAUCAUUUUAGGAUACUGCAUCAGCAGCAGCUUUUGAAAAGCUAGUGAUCGUUAGCUUCUUUGAAUUGAGUUUGCAAUGGAGAUUACAUUAUGAUGAAAUGUACAGUUGGACAGAUUACUAUGUCUCUUUGAAAUGCCCUAAGAUGGUUGUACAGAUUUGUUUAUAGAGAACAUUUUGCCAUACUUGACUAGAAAAGGUGAUCUACAUUUAGUGCCCUAACAACAUAAGCCUAGCAAGUAAAUUUGAGAUAAAUAGCAAAGUUUUAAAUUCCAGCAAUUAGUCUUAAUUUGAUUCAGAAUGUGCUUCUUAAAUCCAGUUUUUUAUCAUUUGCAAGACUAUAUACCUGUGUAUGUAUUAUAAACACAUAAUGAUUGAAAUUAAGUUAUUAAAUGGAAAUGUGGGCCAAUUUUAAGAUUAAGGAGACAGCCACUUUCUGGAAGCAUCAAAAGUGUUUGUUCCUAUGGUAUAUUACCACAAUUUAGUGUAUAUAGUUUACAGAUCCAUUUAGAAAUUUAAUAUUUAUUAAUAACUGAUAUAAUUCUUUUUUGAUUUGUAGUUUCACAUGGUAUAUUUUAGCAGCUUAAGAGACAUGCUGAUAGUUCUUUAGGAUUAUGUGCAUCAGUGGCUCAGAUAACCCUGCAACAGAGACACAAGCAAAAUGACAUUUCUGGGACCAUUUCAGCAUGUAUAGCCUCUUGUCUUAAUGUAUUCCCCAUGCAGUAUAGAGAUAAGAGCUGUGUGUCAGUUAUGAAAUAGCCUUUAUUAAAUUUGAUUUUUUAAAAACAAGAGACUCAGGGACAGAACUAAGCCAAAAAAUCUCUGAUUUAACAUCAUGUUUUCCAUAAUGUUUAACAUCAUGUUUUCCAUAAUGUUUAUUUUGUUGUGUUGGGAUGUUUUAUAAAAGAAAAUAAUGCUGUGACAGUUUGGUAAUUCUACAGGUUUCUUAAUAUUUCCCCACCCAGUCCUUCAUUUCACGUUUCUGAAGUGUGAAUUAAAUUACUGAUUUUUUUAAAAAAUGAGUUUUAAGUGAUAACUGCUUUAAAUUUAUAUAAAUAGAAUAUUGUGAACUGCCGAGAAGAUGAGAAAUUGUUUUCACAGGAUUUGUAUUAUAAACUUAAGUAAACCUUUGUUACCUCUUUGUGAUCUGCUGGUGACAAAUAUAUGUUAUAAAUAUGUUUA